AUGGAGGAGCUGGUUCAAGGCCGGGAGAUGGCUAAUCAGCUUCGGGGGGUUCUCAGUAGUGACGUCAGAUCGGCGGAGGGUCUUGUGAUGAAGAUCUUGGGGUCGCUCACCGACACCCUUCUUAUCUUGAAUGGCAGUCAAGUGGACGCUAAGGAGGAGCUCAUUUCUCAGGUUCAAGCCAAUAGUAGUACUAGUUCUGUUACUGCUUCUGGUUCUGCUACUGCUGGCCCAGAUUCAUCGUCUUGGGAUUUUGUUCCUGAAGAUGCUAUGAAGUCGAAGGAUUCGAAUGAAGAGAGUUGCAAGAGUACCGAAACGUUUAAGGAUCGCAGGGGUUCUUACAAGAGAAGGAACUACUUCAGAUGCACUCAUAAAUUUGAUCAAGGCUGCAAAGCAAUUAAACACGUCCAAAGGAUUAAAGAUGAACCCCGACUCUUUCGGACCACAUACUAUGACAAUCACACAUGCAUCGACUAUCUCAGAGCUCCGGAACUAAUCUUAGAUUGUUCAAGUCGCGAAGACUCUUCCCAGAAAAUAAUCCGAUUCGACACCACCGAUAACACUUUGACCUUCAAACAAGAACAUCCUUUUUUCUCAGCCUUCACAUCGAUCAAAAACGAGGGUGUCAAGGAAGAAGAGAUGAUCAAACCAAUUAGUGAUCACGAUCACGUGACCUACCACAACCAGUCACCGUCGUCGUCUGCUUAUCUCAUGCCGCCCGGUCUAGGUGUGUUUGAGUCGUCUGGCGGGACCUCCAAUGGUUUCUCAUCGACUAUCGCAUACGAUCACGAUGAUGUGAUUUCUAGUAUGAUGGUUGAAUAUUUCGAUAAUGAAGUAGAUUUUCCAUAUGAGUUUUGA